UCUUUUUUUAAAGACUUUCCUUUUACAUACAGUUUUAAGCAAGUCUUUCAGUUAUUCAUUUUGUUCCAGUCAUGCGGUCCUAUCAGUUUACCUUGACCUUUGUGUUGGGAUUGACCAAUGCGGUACUGCUGUCGUUCUGCGGUUCUUGUGAAAUAAAUGGCUGCUUCUGUUCCCAAGAAUACUUGGGAUGUCAUAACUUGACGACAUUUCCGGUUCAGUUGCCCAAAAAUUUGGAGGACUUGCAUUUCCAUGAUGUCACUUUUGACAGAAUACCAACAGAUGCUUUUCGUGGGCUGACUAACUUAAAGACAUUCAAGAUAUACCGAGGCUCAGUGGGAACGAUAGAGAGGGCAUCCUUCAGUGGGUUUAACAACUUGCAAACAGUCUUCUUUGAUGAUGUAUCGAUAGGAGAGAUUCAGGACCACGCCUUCAGUGAUCUCCAUAACCUGUCCUUGACAUUCCAGUCGUCGUCCAUACGUACCAUACGAUCUAAUGCCUUUAAGAACAUCCGGAAUGCGCAAGCAUUUGUGUUUGCCAAUCUGACGAUCGAGCGGAUAGAAACUCAUGCUUUUGAAAAUAUCUCCGAUGUUGAGAUGAUUUUGUUCCGUAUGAGUAACAUAACAUCCAUGGCCUCUCGAUGCUUCCAUAACUUCUAUAGGAUAGGCUCGUUUGGGUUUCACGCCAAUAAUGUUGAUGAUCUCGCGUGUGGCAAUAUCGAUAGUGUCAUCCCGGCUGUGACAAAUCCAAUACAGGUGUACUUUUUCAAAAACACGAUAUCUUGUAACUGUGACCUGGCCUGGAUAAUAAACAACCCUGCUUUGACCAAUGUUUUGUCGUUUUCUAACCUCUGUAUUAUUCCUGGCACAAAUGGACAUGUCAAGAUUAGUUUAGAAGACUUUACACUUCCGGUAAUGAACUGUACGCGACAGGACGCCAUUUGCCCCGAUGAUGAAUUGUCAUCAACAACGGAAGUGACGACACAUACCAAACAAACGUCACCUUCGCCUGCCGUGACCUCAACUCAUAUGUAUAACGUCACAGAAGCAACCGAUAUGGCGUCUUCAGAGUCUACAUCAACAAUUUUGUUGUCCUCGGAUAGUUUUUUGAGUAAAUCAGAAAAUGUGAUCGUUUCUACAGCUUCAGUAAGAGGGGAAACUGAUUACAUGACAGCAAGUACGGCAACAUCUAGUAAGUCAACUAAAACCACAAUGGAACCUUCUGAAUACAUCCGGAACACACCUUCGUCACAGAGCGGAACUGACCUUUUAUCCACGAACCCCGUUACCACACUUAAAUCAAUCACGAGUACUCUCCCAAGCACGAGUACCACAGUGCCAUCUUCCGUAGUCAUGGAAACAACACAAGCCGUACAUUCGGUGUCAAGAGCGUCGGCGAUGCAACAUCAGACGACAUCGAGUACAAAAGGUUCUCAACAUGGAGGGGCCAGUGGCGCCACCUCUGUCACGUGGGCCGUACUGAACUUGACGUUAAAUAUCUUAACAUGCUUUCUUGUUGUGAGGACAACAAAAUACAUUUCAACUUGAAAAUUGGUUCUCGGGACAUUAAAUGAAAGGAAUUUCACAUUUUGAAUAUCGGAUUAAAAAGUAUUAAUGAUGACUAAAGAAAUGGGCUUACCGUCCCAGUAUCCUCUACUGGACUCGAACCUCUCUCUCGUCCAAUGGCGAGAGGCUUUGGUAAUGCUGUAUAUAUAGCUCUUAUUAGCGCACCACAUUAGAUUGGGAAAUGCCGCAUAAGCAGUCCAUGCAUUUUAUGUGUCAUAUUAUUUUUCCAAAAUUGUUCAUGAUUUAUAAGACAUAAUAGGCAUAUAAAAACAAGCUUUAUCAUUUUCAUACUCCCUUACACACACUCAUCAUCAUCAUCAUCAUCAUCAUCAUCAUCAUCAAAAUCAUCAUCAUCAUC